AUGGUGGAAACAACCAGUGGAAACCCUAUUUAUCUUCAGGGGGGCGGGAAGCCCACAGAGAGGAAAGAACAGCAGGAAGUCAUCCUGCCUCUGGAAACAUUGCUGAACUUUGAAAACUAUAAGGAAAGGCACAAGUCACCUUUGGUGUCCAUCACAAGACAGACCUAUGAAAAUGGAGCUUGUGGGCUGAGAGUGGGAGGAGGCAUUGGACAGGGCGAGGUCCCUACCUUGGUAACUGUUUGGCCUUUGCACUGCAGCCCCCUGACGAAGGUGAAACUGAUCAAUGAGCUGAAUGAGCGGGAGGCAGAGCUGGGCGUACAGGAGAAGGUGUCCUGGCAUGCAGAAGUGGGAGGAGGCAUUGGACAGGGCGAGGUCCCUACCUUGGUAACUGUUUGGCCUUUGCACUGCAGCCCCCUGACGAAGGUGAAACUGAUCAAUGAGCUGAAUGAGCGGGAGGCAGAGCUGGGCGUACAGGAGAAGGUGUCCUGGCAUGCAGAGUACAGUGAUAGCGCCUGGAUCUUUGUGGGAGGUCUCCCCUAUGAGUUGACAGAAGGUGAUAUCAUUUGCGUGUUUUCACAAUAUGGAGAAAUUGUGAACAUUAAUCUGGUGCGAGAUAAAAAGACUGGAAAAUCGAAAGGUUUCUGCUUUAUCUGCUAUGAAGAUCAGAGAAGCACCGUACUUGCUGUUGACAACUUUAAUGGGAUCAAGAUAAAAGGAAGGACAAUUCGGGUGGACCAUGUCGCUAAUUAUCGCCCUCCAAAGGACUCUGAGGAUAUCGAUGAUGUAACAAAAGUCCUACGUGAGAGAGGCUGUGGAGCUAAAACUCCGCCACCUGUUUCAUCGGACUCUUCCUCAGAAGACAGUGAGGUACCAGUGAAAAAGCGUAAAGAUCAAGAGAAGAAGAAAAGAGAGCAGACGGAGAAGAGGAGAGACCUGAAAGGUGUGAAGAGGUCACUUCCUGCAGGAGAGCCCCCUCCCACAGCCUGGAUUAAAAAGGAAAAGGAAGACUCUGGCUAUGACCAAUAUGCUAACCCACGGCAGCAGUCCCGGAAUGGGCCUGGGCAAAAGCAUGCAAGCAGGACUCAUCUGGAGGAGGAAUAUGAGCAAAGGCAGAGUUCCAAGAGAGCUGUGGAGAGACGAGGGGACAAAGGGCACCAAGAACAGAAGGGUCCGAGCAGAUCCAGGAAGGAGGACAAGGCUGAAGAGAAGAACAGGAGGGGAGAAGGCCACUGCAGCAGACAAGAGGAAUAUCUAGGGGGCACGAGAUCAAGCGAGCGAUGGGAGAGGAGCACCAGGGACCAGCAUGUCAAGGGAACAGAACGGUCUAGCUCUAGGGACUCCAGCCGCUAUUGAAUUGCUUGUCCUGUGGCUGCAGGCAGGGCAAAACUACAGGCCUGGUGCUACUUGCAGAGAAAUACUGUGGGUAGCUAAUAAUUGGAAGGGGGAGGGAACCCCCACAUGUUGAAUCCAUUUUUAAGCUUGCCACAAAUCCUCUCUCCUAAUAAUCUCCAAGCAUUUAUGCCUCUGCGAGUGCAGUGAAAUAGCACCCCAUUUUCUUCCGUCAGCUUUAUAUCUCUGCUCCUUGUUAAUGCAGUCCUUCCCUAGGGACUGGAGAGCCAGGGACCCUCCUGCUCUUGCCUUAGCUGGUAGAAGUGGCUGGGGCCUGGGGCGGUCGCUCAAAUUGCAAUCUACAGUAAAUGCCCUGUGUUAAUAACAGUGAGAUGCCUCCCAGGUGAUGAGUUCUGUCUGGCACUUCAUUGUUGUCAAGCAGAGCAGGCAGCUCCUGUAGUUCUUGGAAAUAACCUCUGUCAUCUGUUCUGUUGGUGCGGGUUCCCAGUCUAGACUGACCCCAGCAAUGAAUGUCUUAAAUCCAAGUUAUAUGGGCUAGUAUGUCAGCUGAGGAAUUCUAACGUGGCCGUUAGCUCCUGCCAGGAAUUCCCAAGCAUUGGAUUGUGCAGUUGGGAUAGUUUAUUGUUUUAAAUGUCAUUCAGUGCUUACCGCCUCCCUCCAGAUCCAUGGCAGCAUCAGCAGGCCCAAGACACCGUACGCAGAGGUUGACACAGAGACUUGCUGUUUAACUAUUCUAGGGAUAAUAAAAAACCACUCUGUGCAAAAA